AUAUCACAUUUGGCAAUUCCAAGGUGCUUCUCUUGCAAGGAAGAAUCAGUUGCUUGCCACCGUGCACAGAAUCUCUCUGAAGACUUCGUCAUCAUCAUCAUCAUGGCUAAAUCUGAAACUUGUCUCGUCAACUUGCGUUACCCAGAUGGCAGCGAGGGAAGCCCCUCCAACCCUGCCAAGUUCAAAAAUCAGGACUUCGCUCAGAUAAAAGCUGACUGCCUCCAGAAACGAGAACUGUUUGUGGACAAUGAGUUCCCACCAAACGGUCUUUCUUUGGGUGACCUGCCUGAUAUGAGUCCCUCACAGGAGAGUGAAGUGAAAUGGCUUCGACCAGCAGAUUUAUUGAGAGAACGAGGAAAGAAGGAUAAGCCUGCUUUCUGUACAGAUGGUAUGUCACGAUUUGACUUUGGACAAGGCAACGUGGGUAACUGCUGGUUUGUGUCUGCAAUAUCUGCACUGACCUUUCAAACAAAUCUGAUGGAACAAGUUGUACCAAUGGACCAGUCCUUUGUGGAUUAUGCAGGAAUAUUUCACUUCCGGUUCUGGUGGUUUGGAAAGUGGGUAGAUGUUGUCAUUGAUGACAAUCUGCCAACGAAAAACAAGCGGUUACUGUUUGCGUCCUCGAAAUGUGGAAAUGAGUUCUGGGCUCCUCUGCUGGAGAAGGCAUAUGCCAAACUUUGUGGUUCAUAUGCAAACCUGCGUGGUUGGUCAUCAUCAGAUGCCUUCAAAGAUUUCACUGGAGGUGUGAACCAGAUUUACUAUCCCACAGAGCCCAACGCACCGAGUUGCGAUGAGCUUUGGCUGACACUAAGCAGAGCCACUAAGUGCAAAUCACUGAUUUGCUCUUCGACUAAAAAGGAUGCAAUGGCCAACAAUGGAUUGGUGAUGAGUCAUGCCUAUUCUGUCACAGGCAUCACUGAGGUGGAAUUAAACGCCUCUAAAGUACGACUGGUGCGAGUCAUGAACCCAUGGGGCAGACGGGAGUGGAACGGAAAAUGGAGCGACAAGUCAGAUUUGUGGGACAAAGUAAGUCCAGAAGUUAAAAAAAAGUGUUUCGACCGUGACGACGGAGAGUUCUGGAUGCAAAUGGAGGACUUCUGUUCCUGUUUUGCUAAAGUAUACAUCUGCUGUGAGACCCCUAACUUUCUUGAUGGAGACUUAAAAUGUCAGUGGAAUUGCAUGAUUUACGAUGCCAGCUGGGUAGCAGGGACAUCUGCAGGUGGCAAUGUGAAACACUCCACCUUUGCAACAAACCCUCAGUAUCGCAUUCGAGUGACUGUUAUAGACAAGAAGGAGCCAGGAGACAAAAACAUCGUGCUCUCCCUGAUGCAGAAACCUCAUCAGGGAAAUCGCAAAGAGAUACGCCUCCACAAAACUACACUUACCAUCUAUAAGAUUCCACCAGGGACCCCACAAGGACGCCUGCAACAGGAUUUCUUUCAGAGGAACAGGCCUGUGAAGGCAGAAAAGACUUACAGCACUCGGCGAGAUCUCAUUGAACUCCACAGUCUGGAACCUGGAGAGUAUGUGAUCAUCCCAUCCACCAAUGAACCCAACAUCACUGCAGAUUUCACUCUCACUGUCUACACCAAGACUGAUGAAUAAUAUCAUGUAAAGAAUCCUUCACAUAAUGAAGGAUUAAUAUGAUUAACUCAGGAUAAUAAACUACAUGAAUUAUUUACUUAACAAAAGACACCAUAGGGUAAUUUCCUAUUUGUUAGCCAGACAUCAGGUGUGUUAUCUCUGCUGGCUGUGAAAUAUGGGCGGUGGGGUUCAAAAUGGUCACAUGAGUCAUACUGUCUCAUAAAAUUUUUUAUAUGAGACCUAUAAUUUUUUGCUGGGCAUUUCUAUUUAUUUCACAGCCUGCAUAGGCAAAAUGCAGCCAUGUAGUGCAUUUUCUGCACAGAUAACAUAAAUGCUGAUAAAUAACAUGACUUUAUCCUAAAAGAAAUAAUAGGCUAAAUGAUUAAAAUGUACAAUGCUAAUGCUACUGAUAGUUGGCCAGGUUCAUCAAUUUCUAUAAAACAGAAUAAUGAUUAUGUAAAAGAAUAAGUUCUGUGGACACUGGGAGUUUAGUUUGAAGAAGUGAUGUGGUGAUGCAGUGGAUAAGGUUCCUGGUUUAAUGUCCUGAUCUUCUGUGUGGACUUCGAGUGUUCUCCCCUUUUGAGGACAGAUUCCCACAUUCCAAAGACACGGAUCUUCACUGGUGACUCUAAACUGGCUUUCACAAAGAAUAAGAAAAUAAAACAGCUCUGACUCUGUC